CUGAGAGAGGCCUACCACUUCUCUUCUUUCCUCUCUCUUACUCACUAAGCCAUCAUUAUUAUUUUUUUUUUGAAUGAAUGAAAAUACAACAUGUACUGCUUGACGAAAAACAUCCUAAAUGUGGCUUUCACAGAUUAUUCUGGAAGGGUUGUAAAACCACUGCAACACUGCGGGGAAGAACCAUUCAAUAACACUUCCAUCUACAUAAUAACGUUGCAAAUGGAUUCGUUGUAAAUGGUCGAUUGUGAACAUGUUUGGUGUUUGCUUCAUUGCAAUUUCAGGUAGAACUGAUAGUGGAAAUACAGUGAGGUGCCUUUCUCAGCAUUGUAGCUGCUGUCCUCCCAGUUACCCCUGCUCUAGCCUUGUGGUUUUCCACUCUUAACACGAGGAUGAAACCAUUCUAAAUAUUAGGAUUAUAAAAUAUAUUAAAAUAAGCUAACAAUUAUGCCAGCUUUUGGUUAAAGAAAAAAAAAGAACAUUAGCAGUCACAAAAUGAAGAAUGUGAAGUCUUUGUAUGUCCACACACCGCAUGACCUCCUUAUAAAAUCGACAUUUUGUGGAAUAAACGAAAAAAAAAAAAAUCUGUAUCUAUAGAGGAAACAUUAACAACCUAUGACGAACCUGUGCUUGUGAGCGUGCGUGCAUACAUGAGUGUGGUCUGUUUACAAGUUUCUGGACCCUAUCUGUAAACGUUAAACAACUGUUAUGGGAUGAAAUGGUCUGGACGUGUCAUAUUUGUCAGUAUAAACUUAACGGAUGGGCUUUUUAUUGCAACACAUGUCAAUGGAUGCACUGCAUAUGUCUUUAUUAUGCAUCUUUGAAGAAUCACAUCUAUUCUGGAGUCCACACUCACUGAACAGACUGGAUUGUUGGGGUUUGCUCCUGUUGCAAGCCUCAAUAUCAGUUUUUUAGGGGAAAUUUUUUUUCAACUUUGAAGCCAGGCUCUUGCCUAUAUGAAUAGCUACUGGCGUGAAAUGUGUGUGUGUUUGUCUCUGUGUGUGUCUGUGUGUGUGUGUGUGGGGUGGGGGCGUUCUCGACUGACAUCCUCAAACAAUACGAGAAAGAGGAGUGCACGAAUCCGCGCACCCUAGGCUGGGCUCCUUCCCUGUAAUAGUGAGCGUCAGCCAUUCUUAAAAAACACAUUUUGUAGCUUAGUGGACUGGACUGGAGGGGCAAGAGGAGGAUAAACUGAGCGGACAAAGAUGUAAAUAAAAAUAGUCGUCCCCCAGCUGAGCGAGGCGUUCUUCACCAGAGUUUUUGGAUCAAUCAGGCAGACAGUGGCUUCUUUUGAUUAAACCCCAAAUUGUCAUUGGGCAGAGGUAAUCAUGUGACAGGCAAUUCGGUCCAAUUUCAACCUUGUCUCCAUGAAUUCAAUAGUUUAAUAGUAGCUCGGUCCCCAUACGGCCGUAAUCAGUGAAAUAGAAAAAACACCACCAGGAGAUUUUUUUAAUGAUUUUUUCUCUCUCGUCCUCGCUGAGCCGCAACAUUUAUAAAAAUACGCGUGCAAACUUUCCUCGGCUCUCAGGGAGCGGAGAUGAAUUACGAAUUCGAGCGAGAGAGCGGUUUUAUCAAUAGUCAGCCGUCGCUUGCUGAGUGCCUGACAUCUUUCCCCCCUGUCGCUGAUUCAUUUCAAAGUUCAUCAAUCAAGAGCUCGACGCUUUCACGCCCGACACUGAUUCCUCCUCCCUUUGAGCAGACCAUUCCCAGCCUGAAUCCGGGCAGCCAUCCGCGGCACGGCCGGCCCAGGCACAGCCCCGACGGAUGCAGCCCGCUGCCCACAGCCUCUUUACCCCCGGAGUACCCCUGGAUGCGGGAGAAGAAAGCUUCCAAGAAGAACCACCUGCCGACCUCCACCGCUACCACCAUUUCCAAUGGACCAGUGUGCUUCUCCCCGAAAGGCUCGCCUGAGAUUGUGGAGAGCGCCGGGGGAGGAGGGGGCUCCCGUCGGCUGAGGACAGCGUACACCAACACACAGCUGCUAGAGCUGGAGAAGGAGUUCCACUUCAACAAGUAUCUGUGCCGGCCGAGGAGGGUGGAAAUAGCGGCCCUGCUGGACCUGACCGAGAGGCAGGUCAAAGUCUGGUUCCAAAACCGGCGCAUGAAGCACAAGCGACAGACCCAGAGUAAGGAGAACCACAACGGGGAGGGGAAAGGGCCGGGAGCCGAGGACGGCAUCCACAGCGACGAGGAGGACGACGAGGCCCCCCUGUACGAGCGGAGCGGGGCCCUGCUGGAGAGAGAUACCUGCUCCUUUCAGAACAAUUCUCUCAGCUCCACACAGCAGCUCCACAAUGGCGAGUCCAUGGGCUUUUCUGCUGCGCCGCUGAACAGCAAUGACAAAAAUCUGAAACAUUUUCCCAACCCGUCACCCACUGUUCCGGGCUGCAUGUCAACAAUGGGCCCAGGCUCGGCAUCUGGCCCGGACAAUGGCGACAGUCCCCCGGCCCUGGAUGUUUCUAUACACGAUUUUCAACCUUUCUCCUCGGAUUCCUGCCUACAGCUCUCCGACGCAGCCUCGCCGAGCUUGUCAGAGUCUCUGGACAGCCCCGUGGACAUUUCUACGGACAGUUUCUAUUUUUUCUCGGAGUCCCUAACUACAAUCGACCUGCAGCAUCUGAACUAUUAACUGAAAUCCAUCACAGUAACUUUUCAGUCUUUGGGGACAAUAAAUAUCAGGCUACGGUGGUAUUAACUCUGAUGUUAUUUGUAUAUUCGGCACAUUUAUUCUGUUGAUAUUUGACUUGACGAUUAAUACAAGGUAAGGAUGAAAUGAAAUCACUGAAAUAGCUCUACUCAAACGUGACUUGUAAUAACCAUAACAAAUUGAUCUCUUGGAAUGGAAAUUAUGAGUGUAUGUGAAUAAUUAUACAAUAUUAGGCCUAUGGAACCUGGUAAUUUUUAUUUUUGUAUAGCUUCCAAUGUCUUGGAUAUUUUUGUUAGAAUACAAUUAACUUGCUACAAUCUCUU